AUGGAUACCACCGAUUAUUUCCAGACGGAUAAAGAAAAACAGAGAAAAGCCAAACAAAGAUCUCGCACGGGUUGCAAGACUUGUCGCUCUCGAAAGGUCAAAUGUGACGAGUACCCUGGCGGUUGCAAAAAUUGUGAACGUCUGGAUCUUAUAUGCCCCAACUCCAACCUGUAUCCGGACAUAUCACGAGCGGGAUCUGCCAGUGAUGAUGGCAACAGCCUGGUAGCCACUUCGCGGACACAAACCGGCAUAAAGAGGUCACGAACUUAUCGGUCCUGCGGGGCAUGUCGAGGAUCCAAGAGCCGCUGCUCUGGAGACCGACCCAUAUGCGAACGUUGUCGCCAGCGUGGUAUGGAGUGCGUCUACGAGGGCAAGCAGGUGCCGGACUGGGUCGAAUUGUCGUCAAAGAUCAGGUCCAGGAAAAGAAGCGGCAGCUGUUCGCCAUCGGGGGGAAAUAGCCCACCCAGAUCACGCCAGAUCAGUCCUUCUCGUGUCGCCCCAAACAUUCCUGAUUAUGAUGGCUCCGAUUUGACAUCAUCAUCCAGCCAGGAGGAGGGCAUCAAUGUGGACUUGACAUGGCUGCUAGCUAUUAACUUGCCUGAUCAAAAGGCUCGCCUCAUAGCGCUGCUUGACGAAUACUUUGUCAACGUUCACAGCCUACGUUGCUUCGGUUUCGUCCACAGAGCGACUCUGGUGCAGCAGCUGGAUGGCAGGCUUCAGCGCGGGCUAUUGAGAGAUGUGCUAUUACUUGCAGUUUGCGCACUUGGAGCCAAAUUCUUUGCCCUCCGACACGCCAGCGACUCCAUGUUAGAGGCAGGUUUUGCUCUAAAAACUGGUAGCCAAUGGGCUAAAAAGGCACAGACACUGCUGCUAGCCGAUCUUGACAUUGUUUCUGUCGAGAAAGGAAUGUCGGCGGUGCUGCUUUACGAGCACGAGAUCAGAGUAGGCAAUUACGCCUCUGCACUCGUGCUGAGCGGCCUUGCCGUUCGAAUCUGCCAGUCCCUUGGUCUGAACUCGGAAAUGUCAAAUGACUUGUAUUGUGAAUCUCCGAAAAUUUCUCCCUCGAUGCGAGAGUCCCGACGGCGGCUAGCCUGGAGCGCUUGGGCUGUAGAUGCCUCCUCAUUUGGCGAGGGUGACAGGAGCUCACUCAUAGCCGACAGUGAGGUUCAGCUGCAGCUUCCGUGCAACGAGAGGAAUUUUUACCUGCAGAAACCAAGCAUCACCGAGGUCCUGCAGCCGUGGAAAAUACUUCCGUUUGCACCACAGGGAGCUCAAGCUGAAGUACCUGACCUGCCGGCACAGUUCAUACGGCUCACAUUCCUGCGCAAGCAGGUAUUAAAACACGUCCGACGACAGGAACUAGCCCAAGAGACGGGCAUGUCGCAGCAGGGAGUUGAGACGAUUCUCGCGGCCCUGCAAACCUGGCACGAUAACCUCCCGGCAACUCUGCAGUUCACUCAGACAGCACUACGUAUGCGCAAAAAGACGAUGCAGCUGGGAGGCUUAAUAUCCCUCCAUGUGCUUUACCAUCAAACCGCCAGUGAGCUGUGCCGCGCCGAUACGAUAGCAGGGGAUCCGACGUCUCACGACAGGGAUACCAUACAAAGACUUGAAUCUCUGUGUGUGAAGCACGCCUCUGCAAUCCCGCUAAUUCUCGAAGAGGCUUUGCAUCAUGGCUACGAAGCGAUUGCGGACCCAUGCCUGGUAUCAGCAGCCCACGAUUCCUCACUAGUGCUGGCACAUUACAGCCAGGAGCAGGCUAGAUUUCCUACUGGAGCUGUACACCUGGAGCGCCCUGCCAGCGAUCUAGUGCAACUGAAUCUCGAGGCGCUGAGGGUUAUGAGGCUUUUGCACACCUCAGCAGUGGAACUUCAUUCUUCGGUCCAAGAAUUGAUGACUGACGCAAGCUCCUUGGCGCUUGCCGCGACGAUGGGCACAAUGUCUGGCUCCUCGGGUAUGGGCGCCUCGGCACCCAUGAUGGGCUUCACAUCGCCAUUGAAAAGUCCUGCGGAUUCGUCUUUGCCAGCGUACCCAGUACCGCCAACAACCAGAGGCGGCCUAUCCGCUACUCCUUCAACAUUUAAUACAUUUGCGCAGAGCAUAGCUGCGGAUGCGACCCGGUACCCAAGCUCUCAGGGCUCCAUGAACGCCAAUGUCUAUGGCACCCUCCUGGGAGAACCGAUGAGUGGCCACUUCCAGGGCCUGCCACAGCAGAUUGGCGUGGGCAGCAGCCGAGCUCCGGACGUGUUUGCCGGGACAGCUGAAGGAUUCAAUUAUCUGGGAUCCUUUUACCCGGUCAUGUGCGACGAUGCGAUGUCCAGUCAAGGUGCAAACUUGUGA